CUAGAGUUGCUUCCCUGUCGCUAUCUCAGACAAAAAUGUAUAAAAGGGAAGUCAUCCAGUGACCAAACACCGCCAUCACAACCAGCAAGACUGCUAGACACAUCUAUUCUACACAGUAGUCAAACCUAAACUUUCACCAUGAACAAAAUCGUAUUCGCCGUUCUCGCCCUCGCCGUUCUUGCCAUGAACGCCCAAGCCAGCUUCUAUGGAGGUCUUGGUGGUCUUGGUGGACUUGGUGGACUUGGAUACGGAGGUCUUGGAUUCGGUGGACUCGGUGGAUUCGGCGGUGGAUUCGGUGGUAUUGGUGGAUUCGGUGGAAUCGGCGGUGGAUUCGGCGGCAUUGGUGGAUUCGGCGGUAUUGGUGGAUUCGGCGGUCUUGGUGGAUUCGGCGGUCUCGGUGGAUUAGGUGGAAUUGGAGGAUUCGGUGGAAUCGGUGGCGGUCUUGGAUUCGGUGGACUUGGUGGAAUCGGAAUGAUCGGUAAAGGACUUUACUACUAAAUGUUUUUGUUUUGUUCAUGGAGAUAAUGUACAGUUUAUAUGAUUAA